AUGCGGUGCGUCAGGGUUCCCUGGUUGCGUCUGCGGUCCGCGCUGCCACUCCGGCAGCUGCGGGCGGCCGCAGCCAAGGCUCCAGGAGCGCAACCGCUGCUUGUGAGCCCCACGGGCGCGCCGCUGAGCGCGGGCGCGGCGGGCACGGCGGGCGCCGGCUCGGGCGGGGAAUUGGCGGUGACGCCGGAGAACGCGGCGCAGGUGCUGCAGAGCCCCAGCCCCUUCCUGCUGGUCGUGGGGGAGCUUGAUGCCCCAGUGGCCAAGAAGCUUGAUGGCCUCAGAAAGGCCGCACAGGGCCGGCUGCCGCUAAUACGCCUAGAUUGCAAGGUCUUGCCUCAGGUCUGCCAAGCGCUUCAGAUCACUUCAUCGCCCACCGUGCUGCUUAUGGCCAAAGGGCAGGUAGUGGCUGGCUUGGAGAGAGACCUGUCUCCGCCUACGGCAACGGCCUUCGUGGAGAACGUGGCGCAGAUGCUUGGGCUCAAGGUGGACCUGGCAGAGGCGGCCACAGAGCAACUCAACGACGCUGAAGAGCUGGAGUGGACAGACGCGGCUGCGGCGGAACAGACCUUCAGCCAGGUGUUGAGCCGCAGCGACCUGCCAAAUGACGCCAGAAUACGAGCUCUGGCGGGAAGAGCAAGAUGCCUCCUGAGGCAGCGCAGUGGCCAGGAGCCAGAGGCGAAGGCGCUGCUGGAGCAGCUGCAGAGCGCUGGCCAGGGCGGUCUGCCCGAGGUCAAGCAGGCAGUUGCCAUGCUUUGGAUCGACCAGAAGCAGCGAGAGCUAGGUGAGACGAACCUACAGACACUCAAGGCUGCGUGGGAGGCGGCUCCCACAGACUUGGAAGUCGUACAGGCCUAUGCGGUGUCCGUGUUUUGGGCCCACGGUGAAGCCGACGCCUUUGAGGCAGGGCUCUCGUUGCUGCGGAAGAAGCGCUCAGAUGAGGCAGGGCGGCAGGGCCAUCUGGCUCCCAUCAGAUCUUAA